UUGAAUCUAAAUAUACACAAAUUUUCAUGGCUGCUAAGUUUGGAGCAAAUAAAGUAGAUCUAUAACUAGAUUUUUACUAGAUGUAGAUCUGUCAAAUCAAUCAAUAUUAAUAUCUUUAAAACUAUUACAGAUGGAUGCAAAAAAUGGACAGGUGUAUUUUGUACGAAAUAUCGAAGAUGGCCAGACUGUGUCGUUAUCGGGUGACGGCCAAUUUUGUAUAGGCUUGACACAGAAUGAAAAUAUUGCUUGUAGUCUGAGGUCAGGAGGUCAGCAGGAUAGUGAUAUAAUUGUCCCACUGGUGCUAAUCACUGUGUGGAAGACAUCAGGAGUCACCAUCUCACCAGCCAACAGAGACUUGAACUGUACCCUCAAUGGAGUCAAUAUUGAGUCUGAGGCCAACAUUAUUCCAGGAAAUCAGAUUGAAAUCGGAGACAAAAUUUUAGAAUUGUUGUCUGAUGGUAUGAUGAAUAAACCACAACGCAGACAUCUGCCACCCACACCUGGAGUUACAAUACAUCCCACCCCACCUCCUAAACCACAGAGAACUUUAGGAAAGAUGCAGCUUGACUCUCCUAAUGAGAGUCCACCAGAAAGUCGAGAUGCUCUAAGGGAAUGGUGCUUAAGUCAUCUACCAAAGAAUGACUUUGAACUACUUGAGAUUGUUAAGAAAUCAGAUCAGCUGUCAGGCUUGGCUUCAAGUUAUCUCAUUCAGCAUAUCAACCUACACACUGAUGUUGUCAUGUCUGUGGAUCUGACAGACAGGAUCUUUAAAAUGAUGCAGGAAAUUUCUCAGCACAGGCGUGAUAUUGUGAAAGGUUUUAUUAGUGAUAUCAUGAAAGAAUCAAAUCAAGAGUCCCAAGAAAAACAUAAUGGCUACCAUGGGAGAGUUACAGCCUUUCUGGUAGAAAUUUUAGAACAAUUUCUAGAUCCAAGUUACCUUGUACUUCUGUGUCUCCAACUGUUGAGAGCUCUAAGUCAUGUGCCAGGUAAUGUGGUAACACUGAUUGCCAACAACACUGUGGCUGCAGUCCUGGGCAGUAUGGCAGUUUACAAAGACAAUGAAACUGUACAGAGCAACUCUCUUGAUAUUUUAGCCAAGUUGGCAACAUAUAUUCCUGCACUGUUAGAAAAGCCUCCUAUGAGAGAAUCAGCCAUUGAUCUUGCAUCCAUGGCAAUGUCCUUACAUAGCAGAAACCUAAGAAUAAUCCAGGCAGGAAUCAGAACUCUGGCAAACCUUGGUUCUACAUUACAUACAUUGGCCAAUAUUGGAAUGAAAGGUUCACCUUACCCAGAACUAAGAGCCUAUGUCAGCCUAGUGAUUGAAGUCUUGGACUAUCUCUAUAUUAACACAAGAACUCUUGUACCGAAUGCCUUAAGCACAUUCAGUACUGACUUGACAGUAAAGACUGAUGGUAGAAGAUUUCUCUUUGAAUAUGGCAAGUCGGAACAACUCAAACAUCAACAGAAAUUAUGGGAGCUGGCACCUGAUGUCCCUCCCAGACGAGUUGACUCUGGUCUGGAUGGCUGUGAUAACAACAACCUACCUGAUGAUGCAUCCUCUGGGAUAUUAAAACGCUCCAGAUCUUUUGAAAAUCUACGCAACCCAGAAAGACGUGUGUCAUUUGUAGAAGAAUCUGACUUGGUCUCCAGUGCAUCUUUUUCUUCAUCGGCAUCUUCGGAUGAGGAACCAAGGCAACAGAGCAAUAGCCCGGACAUUCAAAUUCUGUCCAGAUCUACCAUAUCUCCACUUCCUCUAUCAAAGAGUGACAGUACAGAUAGAGACUCAUCAGUCACUGGCGAUAUACCCGUUAGACCUGCCAGACGGACAGUGGGGGCACCACCUCUAAUUAACAUUCGAUCAGACAGCGAUGUGGAUUCAGUGCACGAGUUGAAUGAUGGUGUUGUAUAUCAGGCUCAGAGUGACAUUAUUAAUACUUCUUCCAGUUUGAUCUCACCAGUUGAUAUUACAGGGCAUCAGUUCAGUGCCACUGACAUAAGCUUCAUGAAAAGACUCAUAAGUGUGCAGAUGAUUGGUUAUGUCUGCUCCGCUUCUGUCCAAGGAGACAACCCUAAGGCUUUAAAGUUGAUAAAUAUGCCUCUGAAGGAAUUCUUGCAACAGUCCAGCAUUCCUAAAGCACUUUGUCAGUUUGCCAGAGAUCAAUUUGAAGAGAGCACAACUCUAAUGGACAUUGAUCCAUCCACAGUCAUCAGUGCAAUAGAUGCUGUUAGAUACAAAAUGUUGGCCUUUGACCUCACCAAAAAAAGUCUAGAAGUUUUAAUCCAACAUUUGAUCUCCAAAAGUCUGGAUGGUAAAGUCUUAGCUGUGACAUGGGAAGUUAUUCAGUCCAUUAUCCAUGACAAAGUUUUGUCUCCUGCCAUUUCCAGUGAAGAAUUCCUGGAAGGGGUUGAAGCAAGCUUACAAAAACUAAGGUUGACCAGUCAAACCACUGACCCUGUGGUGAGUCUUGUCGAGAAGAUUAACUAUAACUUGAGGCUGAAAUCAAACUAAAGGAAAUGUUAAAAGACUAUACAAUGUGCUUUUUAAGUUUCCAAUUGGUCAGGGAUAGUUGUAAAUGAGAAAAGAGGAAAAAAGUCCAGGAUCAAGAUAAGUGGAAAUAAGUCCAGGAUCAAGAUAAGUGGAAAAAAGUCCAGGAUCAAGAUAAGUGGAAAUAAGUCCAGGAUCAAGAUAAGUGGAAAUAAGUCUAGGUUCGAUUUAAGAAUUAAACUAAGACAUUUUGUCCCUUUUGUUUUUAAAAUCUGUACUUUUAGAAGCAAAAUGUUUGAUAUUAAUAAGUGGAGUAAUUUUUUUUUUCUUUCAGAAUAGCAUUUUUUUUUUUAAGUUUAUUAUAAAGUAAUCGGAUUAUAGCUAGGUAACAUAAAAUGUACUAUUUGACAAUUUAACAACAAAAUAAUUAAACCUAGUAUAAAUCUACUGUAAUAACUGUAAGAUAUCACUUUUGUGACACAACAGAUCCUGUUAUUUCCUUGCGUUUUGCCAGCGAAUGAACCUGCUUACUGCUGGGCUUUUAUCCUAAGUUAAAACUUCAGAAAGUGCCAGGAUAAUCCGUGAUCUGAGGAUUGCAAGGCAUAUUCUCUUCACCACAGCAUCCCUUUGUUACUCUUUGUCAUGUGCAAUAAUUCUCACUAGUUGUAGUAGAUUUAGGUUACUUUGUUUUCAUCAAAUUUCUUUCUUGAACAUGAAAUUUUUUUGUUUUGAACUAAGUCAAGAUGAAGCAGAAAGUUUAGUCAUUUUGUAAAACAUUAAAAAAUAAAAAACAUGAUUAUUUUGUAAUAUUGAUAAUUUAGCAAAGCAAAAAAAAACCCAACUAUUUGUGAAAAUUAAUUUUGAUGACAUUUAACUUACCUUCAUUUCAUGUGAUCAACUCUUACGAGAUAAUUCCGUCUAUUAUGUUAAUUUAACUAGACAUACAUUAUUUUUUAUUUUGCUUUAAUCAUUAAUAUAGACAGUCAACUACCAGUACUAUUUAACCCAUUUGUUGGUACAUAUUAAUGUUCAGUAUAUUCCUGAAUAUAAUCAGUAUAUGCUUUUUGAUGGUGUUUAAAAAUGUAAGAGUCUAAGCCUCAGGUAUUCCAUCAAGGGAUAAAAAAGGAAGCUACAAAAAUGCAGUAAUAACAGUCGGUGUUAAGUGCUGCUUGUCAGGGAUGCAUGAGGGAAUCAUAUUUUAAUUUUCUUUUCAAAGAUGGCCCACCUAAUCUGCAUUAUCUUAACUCCCUGUCAAGUAUUGAUAAAAUGGUAUUAGAUGUGAAAAGCAAUAAAUUGUCUUGUUAACGUUAGCAGCUGCAGCUCGUCAAUCAAUUUAUGAGAAUUUGUGUUCAAAAUGUAAGAUGCACCUAAUUCAGGCCUUUCAAAACCCCAAAAGGAGACUAAACUAUAUCUUAACAGCAAAAGAUAUAUCUGUUUUUAUUUUUUUUAGAAAGUAUUUCAUCUUAUAGCUGAUGCAAAUAUAUUUUAAGACUUUAAAAAAGAAAAGGAAAGAUAUUUGAAUUUCAGGGCCAAUUAAAAUGUUUCUGGAUAAAAAUUAACAUAAAAAAGUUGAAUGGCAGCUGGUGAGCUUGUAAUAGUUGCUAUUGAUUGGUUAGGUUUAGGUCACAUGGUGAGCCAUGUUGAAACUUAGCCAACACCAUUGUUAUGGUUAAUUCUUUGAGAUAUAGAUUAGACCUCUACAUAUUAUACAAACCUAGUUCCAUUAGUGUAAGUUAAGUUUUUGUCAUGAGAAAUAUAUUGAUUCAUGGUUUCUAUUCUUCACUAUCCCAAUUUUUAAAUUAUGAAAAGGAUUAUGGAAAUGUCUGUAAAUAUUGUACAGGGUGAAUGGCCCAUGAAAGCCGAGGACACGUUUAUUAGUUCACUGACUAUUUCGUUCAACGAUAAAUCGUUCAUGACUUUUCGUUUAUGCGACUAUUUCGUUCACCAGACAUUUCGUUCAUGCGACGUAUCGCUCACAGACUAUUCGCUCACAGACAACUUGUUCACCAACAACUUGUUCACUGACAGUUGGUUCACGAAAAAUCAUUCACGCCUGACAAUUCGUUCUUAGACAAAUUGUUCACAAAUUGUUCAGUGGAUAGUAACAUAUUUCCAAAAACUAAAAAUUGCUAGAGAUCUGGCCUAAUCAGAGUUUCUUUGUUAAUUUAUUUUUGUUUGUUGUUAAUAUUUUAUUAAUGAGGACAGUAUAUGAUAAAAAUUAUACUUAAAAGAAAAAAAGAGAUCUUACAAGCUAGCUGAAAAAUUUAAACGGGCCCUCACUUUACUAUAGGUAACAUUUUUACUAUAGGUAACAUUUUGUCGGUGAACAAAAUGUCAGUGAAGGAAUAGUCAUGGAACCAUGAAAGCCAGCCAUCUGACCUAUUAGUGUGACUUAUGUUAUAUGUAAUUAGAUAGCGUUCAGUCAUUCAGUGUUUAUGAAGUUUCAAGUCUAUAAUCUGUUGAUAUUUAUAAAGAUAUUUAUUAUAGAACGUUUAUUGAUACAUAUAUGUAGGUGUGUAUGAUCAAAUGAAUGUCUUUGCUUGGUUAUGAGUACAGUACAUCAGCACAAUAAGAUUUUAGAAUGAAGCUACACUUUGUUAGAAUGAUCACUCGAUUAUUUCAAAAUUUGAAUCAGCAUUAUGGAAUUGUGAAAUCUAAAGACAACCACAAAAAAUGUGGCCUGAUUAAAUACAAGGCUACCAUCUUACAAAGUGAAUGUAUAUAGUAUUCUUGGGGUCCUUGUUAGAGAUACUUUUUAGUAUGGAAUUCAACAGUUUCUUGAAGUUUGUUAUAACUGGAUUUGACUUAUUUUAUAUAUAUAUAUUGAAAUAGAAUUAUUUUUUGUUAAAGAAUUGUAUUCAGAUUUCUAUUCAACUAAAAUAUUGUAAUGUUAGAUUUAUGGCAUUUAUAAAGUUUUGAUAGUCAGGAUUACAGAGAUAUUUCAUUAAAAUUUGAUAUAUACUAGUGUUAUGCAAGUGAAAAAAUAUAUUGUUUUUUGUUCUUUUUGUAAUUAUUGAAUCUUUGUUUCUUUGUUUAUGAAAAUUGUGACUCUAAUACAGUUGUGAUCAAUAUUAUUUGGUUGUUGUUACCUGAAAUGGUUUUUUAAAUUGACGUUUCCAUUUUAACAUUAUUAUUACUGUGAUUGAUUGAACUGUGUGCAUAAUAGAAUAUUAUUUAUACAAAACAUUUGUGAUUUUUCUAGUAUUUUAUUGUUCUGCAAUUCCUUAAUUAUUGGUUGUGAUUGGCAUUUAGUGUAGGCUGGGUGUUUCCUCAGGCUUUUUAAAAAUAUAUAGUCCCCGCAUUUUAAGGGAGUUUUCAUUAAGGGAGUUUUUGGUCUUGGCAAAUUUCUCCAAUACUGACAUAAAAGGAAACAUCUAGGUCUGAAGACUGUAACCGGAAUAUCCAUGGGACAAGGUGGGGUUGGCCAAUGGUCCAUUCUCCCCCCAUCCAUAGAGCUCUCCAAAUGGAACUUUUCUGCAGUAGAAAGCUUAAAGUGGACUGUGCUCUGGGUAUGCCUUGUGGAAUCGUUACAUCCUGGAUCCAGGCCCCUUCACGAUAUCACAUUCACCAGAUCCAGAAAAAAACACUUCAUGAUGGGUUUAUAUCUAGUAUUAGAGUGUAGUGAGACAAGGACCUCUGUCUGGUUCAGUGCAAUCCAGACCUCCGUCAAAAAGCACCUAGAGGGUGAAAUGCAAGUGGAAAGGCAGUGGGGUUAUUGUGAUUAUUGUGACCCCAUUCUUCAUUAAUUCAUCAUUAAUGGAUAUAAGCCAGCUACCUUUAUUUUUGCAAAUAUUAUAUAUAUCUAUAGGCCUUCAUCUUUUACAAUGUAUUUUGAUUCACUCUUGAAAUGAUAUGUGACAGUGUACACACCAUUUGUUCAGAUUCCUUCCCUUGUGUGGUGUAUGUGUUCUAUUUACUGGUUAGAUGUUAGCUAAGAUUUGUUUCUGGCCUCAUUUGCCUUGAACUCUUAACUGAACCAAUACUCUUAGAUGAUAGCACUGAUUUUGACUGACUGAUUCUUGAAUGUUAAACAUACCUGUUAUAGUUGUACAACUUCGAUGGCUGUAGCAUUCACUGCCUCCAUUCCAUUAAACCUUUAACUUUUCUAGUUCUUUAUGAAUGAGACAAGACUUCGUUUUCCUACUGCCACAUUAUUGAAGAAUAUUAUAAGAUGAUUCUUGUUUAAUGUUAUCAAUUUAUGCUUAUGAAUCAAGCAAAGGUAAAGUCUGCUUACAUAAUUCACUUUGAUUCCUUUAACAUUGAUCAUUGUAGUUUGAACUCUUUUUAAUAGAUAAAAAAUAAAAAUGAUACUUUCGAUAUUUUUAAAGCAACUUUAAAAAAAGCAUUUUACAAUUUUGAUAAGAAAGACUUUAUAGAGUUUUUAAAAAUCAGCAUACUGCUGUGAAGGUAGAUUGACUAUUGCAUCAAAUCUAGCCUACUGCUUAUCAGUCUGCAGUGUAGCUUUUAGUAUCACAUUAUUAAGAAAGCUAAAAUGUUUUUAAAGGUGGGGAAAAAAGCACUUUUUGGGUAGCGAUUUUAACAUUUGACUAGCACAGAGAAGAUGCAAGACACUGAUCACAAAACAAUUCAUUGUUCCCAUGGCAAUCAAAUUAUUUAAUACUAUGCAUUUUUUUUUAGUCAUGGACAAGCUCCUUAAUACUGAUUUGGUUUCAGUAGUGCCAAUGUAUCAUAAAUUAUAAUGAACCAAGCCAAUGAUGCAUUAAAAAUGCUUGGUUAUACUUACAAACAUCAGGUAAAUUGUAUGACAUUGAACGUUCCUGUAAUGAAUGGCUACCUGGUUGUGUUGUAUGUGCUCUGGACUGUUGUCUUGAUGUUCCUGGGUUUGAACUCUGCCUGCUGCCAUCCCCUGCUAUCCUGCAGGAGGUUUGUGCAAGAUGUAAUUAUCUUUAUUUCUAAAGGAACAUGACUGUCAAACAAAUGUGUAUUUUAACAAAGUAUGACAAGUUAAUUUCAAUGUAGCUUAUUCCUUUUUGUUAACAAAUUACAUAAACUUUACUAGCAACUAAACAUACAAUGAAUUUAGUUUGUUUUUAACAUUGCCAUGAUUACCAUUCCAAAUAUAAUAGACUAAGACACAUCAUCGAAAGUAUUUAUUGAUUAUUGUUUUGUUUAUAUUUAAUUAUUUUUGUAUUUUGGAACCCUGGGCAUCUAAUAAAAAAUUUUGAUUUUGUUCAUUAUUUUAUGUUUUUAAUUUUUUUUUAUACGACAAAGUGCUCCAAUUUAUUGUACACUGUUUUGGUUACACUAAUUUUACUUGUUUACUCUGAUAAUUGCUGAUAUCAACAAAACUAUUAUUACCAUUAGAAUUGAUUUGAACUCUAGCCCCAAGUAGUGGAAGGCUUUCUGUGCACUCUUUCCAAUCUUUGCAUUGCACCCAGUAGCUCCAAAACUCUAUCAGAAUCAACUCUGUAGGAGACUAAGGGUAGCCAAUGUAGAAGAUAAUUUUUUUUAUCUUCUUUUUUUUAAAGCUAUUUGAUAAUUGCUAAAUGUUGAGAUUAAAAAAAAGCAACACAUUUUGAGUCAUUUUUGUAAUGUGUUGAGUGACAAUCAUGUGAACUAGACUUUUGUUUUGUUGGAACUAAUAUUUGAACUGUCCUGUGCUGUACAACAACAUUGCUUUGAUUUAUCAUUUCCUUUUGUGUUUGUCAGCAUUCUGUUUCUUGGAUACAUUUCCUUGUUUCUAGUUUGUACAAAGUUUCUUAAAAAAUUUUUUUUAUACUUAAUGUAGACUAUUCAUUUAAUUACAUUUGCUGUAUCAGUUUUAAGUUGUAUCCAGUAUUUAAGUAAUUCUUUAUAGAAGGAUUUUUAAAAUUUUUUUUUUUUUUGGCAAAAUUGAAAUUGUACUUAAGUUGUGCUUGGAGACGAAGAAACAAAAUAAGUCUUAUAACAUAUUUUUCAAUGAAAAUUAACCAAAUUAUCUGCCAUGAUUUUGAGAAAAAAAAAUAUUAAAAAAACACCCCUGAAAGUGGUAAUAAAAUUAAAUUAUUUUUUUGUAUAUUGUUUUUUUCUAUUCUGUUCAAGGGAAUUAUAGAAUUUUGAAAAAUUAUUAAUUUAGAGUUUUAAAUGAAGUAUAUUCCUUUUAUUAUGUGUCCUCUUUUACAGUUUUCUAUAAAAAAAAAAAAAAGAUACUCUAUCUGUACUGGAUAAUUUCCUUCGUCAAUGUCAACGUUUAAAAAAAAAACAUUCAAAUAUCAAUGUACUAAUACUUUAAAAAAUUAACUUUGUGGAAAAUGUUCACUUUGAAUAGAAUAGUUUGUGAGUACUAGCACUUACUACUAGGGUGUCACAGACUAGUGAAUGAACCUGUGCUAGUUGACCCACAAUUUUAUCAGGCAUAAUAGUAUUAUUGCAAUACAGUGUUUCUGUAUAUUCCAUUUGGUAGAACAUUGGAUUCUUUUGUACUACUCUAUAUACUAGUUGAGCCUUUUUAAAAAUGUAAAUAGUUUAUCUAUAUAUACAUAUUAUCUGUUUAUGAAUCAUACAAAAAUAAGUUGAGUACAUAUAUUUCUUUGAUUGUAGAAUUAUGUUAAUUAAAAAAAAAACAUCUGGUGAUUGCAUGUUCAAAUAAUAAUUGCUCUUGUAUAGAUUGUAGGUCGUUUGGCUAAUAGCAAAGUCACAAGUAUUCUAUGUGUUUUAAUUGUUAUAGUCUAAUGAUUAUGUUUGUAGUCAAUGUGUCUAUAAGUAAGGCUUAUGUGUUAGUUUUAGAUUGCAACAAUUUUGCUAAAUUAUGAACAAUACAAAAAAAAAGAAUGCAGUCAUUUCAAUCCUUUACAAAACUUUUUGUAAUGUAAUUUAAAUCACAUGGACUCAGCACUGAGACGUAUAUAUAUAUGUCUUCUAUAAUAGAUGUAUGAGUUAUGUGAAGUCUAGUCAAAUGUCCUGAAUUUUAAUCCACAGCUUUAUAUAGAACAAACAAUGUUGAAUUAGAAUUCCACAGACUUUUGUGUGUAAAUAAAAGUAGAGCAACAAGUUUUGUAGCAGUGGGAUGACAGCUGAAUAGAAUUUUAUAGACAAAUAAAAAGAAAGUAAAUAGAACUAAAGAGUCUAAACUUGAAGACUUUCACCUUGAAACAUCAAGAGAUAGUUCACUUAAGUUACUCAUAAAAACACUUGCGGAAGGAAUUUAUAGCAUAUUUUUCAUGGUAACGUUCCAAAACAUUUAACAUUUAUAUGCUCUUUAGGUUUAAAAAAAAAAUUGUGUGCUUAAACUCACAUUGGCUACAUUAGUUGAACAAAUGUUUUGACAAAACUUGAUCUGUUGAAAAUGUUACAUAGUUUUCAAUUCUUGCUGUAUGUUAGCUAGCUGCUACAACUAAUUCAGUUCUGACCUAUUGCUAGUGUUGUACUUGUCUUUGUUGUAUUUCUUCACUAUGUUUUAAAAUAUUAAAAGUAUAUGACUUGCUU